UGCUAAUAGAACGAAUCAAAGCCCAUUUUAUGUGCCGAAUAAUUACUAACUGAGAUACGAGUACUAUCAUUCCAUAUCACGCUUUAUGCACCACUAUUAGUAGAGCGUCAGUCCGCCACAGAUGAGUAUGACUGAGAGGAUACCAUACCCACUCCACAGAUUACCCCCGAAAUCUAUAUGCUUGAAUUAUUUUUCACUUGGCAAUUUCCCUCCUUUUUCCCGCCAAUUCUACUAAAUAGAAGUUAAAUACCAAUAACCAUGACCCAACCAGAUAUCAAGAAACAAAGAAUCAGAAAGCCGCUUAUUAUCAAUGCCUUUGAUAUGAGUUGUAGUGGUCUUCAAGCCCCAGGCCUUUGGAAACACCCGGAAGACAAAUCUAGUGACUACAAAACCAUUGGGUACUGGACCAGUUUGGCCAAGUUGUUAGAAAAGGGAAAGUUUAAUUCCUUGUUCAUUGCUGAUGUCAUGGGCGGUUACGACGUGUACAACGGCCCUGGAAACAUCGCUCCUGCUGCUAUCUCUGGCGCUCAAUGGCCCGUUAAUGAACCUAGCGCGGUUGUAGCUGCGAUGGCGGCUGUGACCAAGAACUUGUCUUUUGGAAUUACCUUUAGCACCAUCAGCGAGGCCCCGUAUCAUUUUACCAGGAGACUAGCUACUUUGGAUCACUUAACUGGCGGCAGAGUUGGCUGGAACGUCGUUUCUUCCUACUUGGACAGUGCUGCCAGAAAUUUGCUAAACGGUGAAGACUUGCCACCUCGUGAUGAGAGAUACGACAGAGCCGAGGAAUACAUUCAGGUUGUUUACGAAUUGUUAUUGUCGUCCUGGAGAGAUGACGCUGUUGUUAAGGACCGUAAGACUGGUGUCUACUCUGAUCCAUCCAGAAUCAGACAAAUUAACCAUGAGGGUAAAUUCUUUAAGGUCCCAGGCCCAAAUAUCACUGAACCAUCGCCACAGCGCCUUCCAGUUAUCUUACAAGCCGGUACUUCCAAGGCUGGAAAGAACUUUGCCGCCAAGAACGCGGAAGUUGUGUUUAUCACUACCUUUACCCCCGAAAGCUUGGGAAAACAAAUCAAAGACAUCAAGAGGAUCGCCAAGGAAAAGUACAACAGAGAUGACGAUUCGGUCAAAGUGGUUCAAUUGAUAACCACUGUCAUUGGAAAGACGCACGAGGAAGCUGAAGAGAAGUAUAAGGAACUCAAGUCAUACGGUGACUUAGAAGGUGCCCAGGCGUUGUUCAGUGGAUGGACUGGUAUUGAUAUCGGCCAAUUCAAUUAUGAGGAUGAGCUUAGAGAUGUUGGAAGUAAUGCAGUCAGAGGUUUUGUCGACAAUUGGACUAAAAAGUCUCCAGGUGACCCGGAAGACCUUAAGAAGACCAGAGAAUACGUUGCUAAGCAAAUUACUGUUGGUGGUUUGGGCCCUGUUUUAUACGGUACUGCUGCUGAAGUGGCCGACGAACUUGAGAGGUGGGUGGAUAUCUCUGGCGUUGACGGCUUCAACUUCACCUAUGCUAUAACUCCUGGUUCCUUCGAGGAUAUUGUUGAGCACUUACUCCCAGAAUUGAGAAUAAGAGGCUUGGCUUGGAAUGAAUACCCAGAAGAGCGUCUCACUUUCAGAGAAAAUAUCUUUGGUACCGAGGGUAAAGACUCAACUUUUGUCAAGCCUUCCCACCCGGCUUACGAUUUGAGAUGGAGAUCCGGUGUUUCUCGGGAUGAUUUCGAAGCGAAGUUGGAGAAGACCAAGGCAAAAUGGACUGAGCUUUCCAGGGGUGAGACGUAGAACCCUUUCAGGCGUAUAAUAACUAAUAUUUACCGCCCAUGGUGUGGGUAGAUUAGUUAACAUCCCGUAAGAAUACAAAUUUGUUUAAUUUUAUCAAAAAGCUGAAAUCAAAAAAAAA